GCCGAUAUCUGCCAUGCUUAUCAACUGUUGCGGAAAAAUGGGCUAAAAGAUGAGAACAUCAUCGUAUUCAUGUACGAUGACAUUGCCUUCAAUCCAGAGAACCCAAGACGUGGGGUCAUCAUCAACCAUCCACAGGGUUCCGAUGUUUACCACGGAGUCCCAAAGGAUUACACUGGUGAGGAGGUCAACGUGAACAACUUUUUUGCUGCCAUUCUUGGAGACAAGAAAGCUCUAAGGGGGGGUAGUGGAAAGGUUGUUGACAGUGGUCCUAAUGAUCAUAUUUUCAUAUACUACAGUGAUCACGGUGGCCCUGGUGUGCUUGGGAUGCCUACUUAUCCCUAUAUGUAUGCCGAUGAUCUUGUUGACGUUUUAAAGAAGAAGCAUGCUGCUGGAUCCUACAAAAGCCUGGUAUUCUAUCUUGAAGCUUGUGAAUCAGGAAGUAUCUUCGAAGGCGUUCUUCCUAAAGAUAUGGACAUCUAUGCAACCACAGCAUCAAAUGCUGUGGAGAGCAGUUGGGGUUGUUACUGUCCAGGAGACUAUCCCGGUCCUCCACCAGAGUAUGAUACUUGCUUGGGUGAUUUGUACAGUGUUGCUUGGAUGGAAGACAGUGAUAGACACAACUUGAAGACGGAAACUUUGGGCCAGCAAUAUGAACUGGUGAAGAAAAGGACGCUAAAUGACUUUGAUUUUUAUGGCUCUCAUGUCAUGCAAUAUGGUGAUAUAGCGCUAAACAAGGAUGCAUUGUCCUCAUAUAUGGGUACAGAUCCUGCUAAUGAGAAUAACACAUUUGUCGAGUCCAACUCCUUGAGGCCAACCACAAAAGUUACCAAUCAGCGCGAUGCUGAUCUGGUCCACUUUUGGGAAAAGUUUCGCAAAGCUCCCGAAGGCACCGCCCAGAAGACCAAAGCUCAGAAGCAUUUUGUGGAAGCAAUGUCCCAUAGAGUGCAUAUCGAUAACAGCGUGAAGCUGAUCGGAAAGCUGUUGUUUGGAAUCGAAGAAGGUCCCAAGGUGCUCAAUGGCGUUCGUCCCACUGGCCAGCCCCUUGUCGAUAAUUGGGACUGUCUUAAGACUAUGGUGAGGACCUUUGAGACACACUGCGGAUCCCUCUCCCAGUACGGCAUGAAACACAUGAGGUCCUUUGCAAACCUCUGCAAUGCCGGAAUCAGGACCGAGCAGAUGGCGGAGGCAUCGGCGCAAGCCUGCGUAAGCGUACCAUCCGGCCCGUGGAGCUCUCUGCACAAGGGCUUCACUGCUUGACGAUGAAGCCGCCACAACCAAGCCAUUCUCCCGCCAUUGUUUAUAUCAUCAUUGCAUCUUCGACGACAAAGUUAUUUGUAAAUACAACUCCAGGCCGUCCUGUAAGAAAGAAAGGCAUAUAAUGGAAACCGUAAGCAAAAUAUUUGUCUGGUAGUCUUCAAAAUCACUGUAUUUGCAUGUGUUUAUAAGAAGAAAACUGUGAUUAUUAGGAAGAAUUAUAUGAUAUGAUGCCUUUUUCCAUAUUUUAUCUCUCGAGUUUUAUUAUUAUAUAAUCCCAACCUCCCAAAGAAGGAUUAAGAAUUGAUGGUUGAAGAUAAGGGUGAAGGGAGGCCCCACAGUUUGAUUCGGAAAGGGAAUAUGUUUAUAAGAAGAAUUGUUUGGAAUUAUUUGGAGAGUGGUGAAGAAAUUUGAAUUGGAUAUAAAGUUGAUGAUUUGUUGGGAUUGGGAA